AUGCUGGAUCCUAAAAGUGAUGACGAAUACCAUGACCAUGGAUAUUAUCUCACAAAAGAAGGCAGGUUUGACCAGCGUACAGGGUUGUCAGACAGAGACAUUCGCGACAACAACGCAUUUCCUGUCCACGAGUCAUGCUGGAAUAUUCUCAAUAUCGCUCAUGAAUCCUUGGCCAGUGAAAGCGGGGUCGAUAUCCAGGAGCUCAUCUUUGCCAUUAAGGAAAGUAUUCCGCUCUCUCGGACUCGAAGGCCUUAUUGGGAUUGCGGUGGUUACCUGGACGCAGAACAGUUCCAGAUCUGGAAUUCCUGGGAGCCUAUAAAAUCGUGGGAGCGACUUGUUACCGACCCUAUGAUGAUUGACUUUGGACUGUUUGUCUCGGAGUGCUUUGGCAGAGAGCAUCCUGGAAUCAGGGGACUGAUAACGACAGGCACGGCCGCUACAAAGGACAAGGAUCCGUUUGUGCGCUUCCCAAUGGAACUGCGCUGCAUGAUUCUACAGCUCCUCCCAUCCAAGGCGGUUCUCGGGUUAGCAACCGCAAGUCCGGCAUUCAAGUCCUUUGCCUCCGACUUACCGAAGAGUUUCUGGGAAUCACAAAUGCUUCUCCAUAUGCCGUGGCUUCUACCAGUGUGGCCAGAGUUGAACCGGGUUCUGAAACAGACCACUCGGCCAAUCAAAUACAAGAAGCUUUUAAGAAAGCUCAGAUCGACCUCUACCAAAAUCCAAAGCCGGGAUCUGUUGUAUGACGAUUAUCGCAACCAAGGGAGGAGAAUUGGUCUCCAGAGCCUCCACAGGAUUUGGAUGUGCUGCAAAGAGAUUGUGGAAAGUGUGCAAGCGAAUUCCGUCAUAUCAAUUGUUGGAAAGAAUCCCAUUUCGCCGGAGCUCAGGUCCCGCACAUUCCAAAAAGUCAUCACCCCUUACUUUCGAGAUUUCCAGGCUUACGAAGAGGAGGCCGAGACUUUCUUCAUUCGAGAUAUCCACGAGUCGCCUGAUAUACGCAGUAUUACGAUAUAUUUUAGUCCAGAGAGUACAAUAAUUGCUGGAAUUGAAUUUGCACUCAAGGGGAAGCGCUCUCCCCGGCUGCUGGGGCAUCGAUAUCCCUCGCUGCAAAGUGUUCUCUUCCCCCCAAAGGCAACGAUUCACGGGUUUUCGCUCUAUACUGAGUCAUACCCAGUUCGAAACUCGUCUAUAAAGAGAAUUUGCGGACUGGGCAUUCUUACAAACGACAGCCCCUUUGAGCCGCGCUUCAAGCUUGGGUCCUGGAGUGAUACGGGUGAAAUACAUCUGUUCCGGCUUGAAGGGCUGGAAACAGCCCAUCAUCAAUUCAGUGUAGUUGGAAUGUGUGGACACUUCAUGGUUAGUUUGCCUUAUUGA